CACAGGCAGUUCAAUUCAUAUUCAAGAAGAUGUCCCUUCAAUUUCUCCGCAGAUUGACAACCUCCACCACUGGUAUACCCGGUGCCGUUGGUAAGACUCCGCUGUUGAAGCUCAACAGGCUCAGCGAUGAACUAGGACGUAACAUUUGGGGUAAAGCUGAGUUCACCAAUCCCGGUGGUUCAAUCAAGGACCGUGCUGCUCUUUAUCUCAUCGAGGAUGCUGAGAAGAGAGGGCUGCUGAAGCCUGGUGGAACAGUGGUUGAGUCUACUGCUGGUAACACGGGUAUCGGACUUGCCCAUAUCUGUCGCUCAAGAGGCUAUGAUUUGGUGAUCUAUAUACCUGACACUCAGGCAAAGUCCAAGAUGGACACUCUCAGAGGUCUCGGUGCUGAGUUGUACCCUGUGCCACCUAAGCCUUAUGACGAUCCUGAAAACUUCAACCACAAGGCUCGCCGUCAUGCCGAGUCUCUGGAGAACGCAGUAUGGGCAAACCAGUUUGAUAACUUGGCCAAUAGACAGGCCCAUAUUGAAACCACAGGUCCCGAGAUUUGGGAGCAGCUCGAAGGUAAGGUGGAUGCCUUCACUUGCUCCACAGGAACAGGUGGUACAUUUGCCGGUAUAACGAACUAUCUGAAGAACAUUUCCAACGGACGUGUCCAAUCUUACGUUGCAGACCCACCAGGCUCAUGUGUCUACUCCUAUGUCACCUCUGGUGGUAAGAGCCUUGAAAGAGUUGGAGGCUCAUUCACUGAAGGCAUCGGUCAAGGACGUAUCACUGAUAACUUGGCCCAGGACAUUGACACCGUUGACGGUGCCAUCUAUGUCCCCGAUGAAGAAACCAUCGAGAUGGUGUAUCGUUUAUUGGACGAGGAAGGGCUCUACCUUGGAGGCACCGGAGCAUUGAACGUCGUGGCAGCGUGUAAAGUUGCACAGAAGUUGCCUGAGGGCUCCAACGUUGUCACUGUGCUUGCAGACACUGCUCAUAAGUACGCUGACCGUGUGUUUAGUAAGAAAUGGCUCGAGUCCAAGGGCUUGUACGAUUCAAUUCCAGAGCAUUUGAGAAAGUACAUCGUUUUCGAAUGAAUAUACAACACCAUCUGCAUUGUCUACACAUUAGCGAAACACACCUAGAAUAUAUAUUAAUCUAAAUAGCGUUCAAGACAGAUUGGAGAAGAGCGGUGGGACCAAUACGCUUAUUCGUAGAUCCAACCGAACAAAGCUGGCUUGUACUCAACCAACUCCUCCUUCUUGAACCACAAGUCAAUCUCCUUGUUGGCAGACUCGACAGAGUCGGAACCGUGACAGACGUUUCUACCCAUGUCAAUGGCAAAGUCACCUCUGAUGGUACCUGGAGCAGAUUGCAAUGGGUUGGUGGCACCCAAGAUGGCUCUACCUUGCUUCACAACGUCCUUACCCUCCCAGACGGUGGCG